GCCGCUGGGUCUCAACAAAUCCCUGCAGUCGGCCAACAUGCGGGGCUGACCUGAGAAUGAAGGAAGGAAGAAAUGGCCUCCUGCGGAGGGGCGCGGAGCUGUCCGGGAAAUGGAAACUAGACCCGCUGCGCGCCAAGCCUGCUGACCGACAGGAACAGGUGUUUUCCAUCUCGGUGUCCGUGACUCAGGCGGCACAGCUGCCCGCAGACCACGGUGUGGGCGCACGGCGGCUUCUGGAGCACAGCACCCCGCACGCUGCGUGCGCUGUGCCCUGGGCGCUCCGGCGGCCGCGCGCGGACACAGACCUCGGCAGCACCCGGGCUCCGCACAAAAAAGGCGCUGCCACCUUAAAAUGCGACUGCCUUACCGAAAAGAACAGCUAUGGCUCGUGCCUACGCCCCUUGCUCCUCGCCGCACCUCUGUUUUUAGUUUCUAAGAAAUCUAUUGAGGCCUGCCUGCUCCAGGCUGAGCUGGUAAACUAUGAACGAGUCAAGGAGUAUUGCCUCAAAGUCUUGAAGAAGGAAGGGGAGAACUUCAAGGCUCUUUACCGGUCUGGUGUGGCCUUCUACCACCUUGGGGACUAUGACAAAGCACUCUACUACCUGAAAGAAGCAAGGACCCGACAGCCAACAGACACCAACGUGAUUCGGUAUAUCCAGCUGACGGAGAUGAAGCUCAGCAGAUGCUCCCAGAGAGAGAAGGAAGCCAUUUAACUACAACACCUCUCUAGACUUGCACUUGCACCCGACCCUGGACUUGUAGGCAUCCCCUGGCAGAGAGCCCCUCCCUGGGUUCUGGUCCUUUCUCCCAACUCCUUCCACCAGUCCGCCUCCCCUCCCCCAACCUCCACCCUUCCCAUCUCUUCUUCCUGUUGCCCCUCAACUAUUGUCUACUCCCAGUGUGAAAAGAAGGAGAUGCAAAUUUGGAAUCUGGUGGGUUGCCCUGACAAUGGAGAUAUCUUCUUCUUUAGCAGGUCAGCCACUGAGAGGGACCUGAGCUCUGUGGGGAUAGCCCCGGAGGAUUCUCACAGACCAGGAAUGCCUGGAUUUCUGACAGAGGCAGAUCCUGGCGGUUUACCAUCCCAAAGGCAGUAGGCAUAGAACCCAUGGCUGGACCCUGCACACCUUUCUGACGGACCAGAGCAUCUCAAGGCAAUUGUGACAGAUCCAGGGUUGAGACAAACACCAGGAGCACUGGUUAAGGCAGGAGAGAGACCAUGAACUUGUACACUGGAUUUCCCCACCUCUACCCCCAGUAGCCUCCGCCCCUGCCUCUCUUCCUUGUCUUGGCUUGUGCUUUCUUCUCUUGCCGUUGGGGACCUGAGACUGUGCCAGGAUUCACAUGCCAUUGACACCCACUCUCAGUGCCCUCUGGUGACCACACAUACCACCCUCCCAUCCCCCCAGCAGGCAGCUGUGACAGCAGAAGGGCAGGAUCAAGUGGGCCAAGGGUUGACCACUAAGGGGAUGUGGGGAGGGAGAGGUGACGUCCAGGGGAGAGAGCAUUGUAUAGACUGGGCGACUCAUUAAGUGUAAAUAAAAAUAAAUUAACAGGCAGAAACUCCUGUCAUUUCUGUUGGAAGCAGCCCACUCCCCCACGGUUACUCCCUCCCCCAGCAAACUCACUCAGAGCUACUUCUAGCCAGGCAGGAUGGGGCUUCCCCGGUGGCCAUUUGUUCCCUGGUCUACAGCGUUGGCUGCCUCCUCUGCAUGUUAGAGUAGGCGGGGUUGGGGAUUCUGCCCAGGGGGUUGGCUUUGUGGGACUUUGUGGGACUUGUACAGCCUCUUUGAUGCCAUUAGCUGGACUCAAUAUCUAGCACAGAGAAUGUGUUCAACAAAUAUUUGUUGAAUGAAUAAAUUAUGACUGCAGACUGGCUCUCCUGCCUUAAACUAAUUUCAUCCCAGCCUAGUCUCCUGAUAUCUAUGCUCUUCAUGCCAUGUUGCUUCAGUCAAAUAAGAAACAUUUCCUGAGGGCUUCUUGUUUGCCUACCAUUGUGCAAUAUGCUGUGGGACAUAGGACGUGGUCCUAUGGAAGAGUUCAGAAAUACUCGUGUGAGAUUAUUACCAAUGACACCUUUCAUUUAUAUGAUGCUUUAAAUUUUUCAAAGCACUUUCAUGUAUCUUCCGUGUGAUCAGUGAAAGAAACAGUAUUGUACAAAUUAAAAUAUAUACAGAUGCAAUAAUGUUCAUAGUUAGCAUUUAUUAAAUGCACUAUCCUCAGCUCUU